UAUAGUUCAAUAUUCCAUUCUGGGGCACAUAUCCUGUCUCAAAUUCCGACUCUGGGCUCCUCGACGCCAAGGCACUCCAACUGUUGCAAGCCCCGACUCUGGAGUGCACACCAGGACUUGGUUUGGAUCCAGGUCCCUCUGCUCAGCCUGGGUCCAUACGGUGAACAGAGAGUCAGAAAGAGUGAGAGGUAACACCAGGGUACUACGAUUGGAGGGAUAGCCAGGCCGACCAAUGGGAUCAGGGAAGUUGGCCCAGGUGCUGCUGGGAUGGGUGGCGAUGUGUGUUGCGAUGGUCCAUGUGGCUUUUGGUGAAACAGGGAAUGGACCAUUCCAAGCCAGCCGCUUCACCGGCACUGUGGACCAGAGAGAGGUGCAGCGGGUUCGACGCCGUGGCCAGGAGACACUGAGAGGGCCCAAUGUGUGUGGCUCUCGCUUCCAUUCAUACUGCUGUCCGGGCUGGAAGACUCUGCCGGGAGGGAACCAGUGUAUUGUUCCAAUUUGCAGGAAUUCAUGUGGCGAUGGCUUCUGCUCCAGACCCAACAUGUGUACCUGUUCAAACGGCCAGCUCUCUCCCAGCUGCGGAGCAGGAGGAGGAGUUCAUUCCUGUAAUGUCAGGUGUAUGAAUGGAGGCAGCUGUGCAGAGGAUUCGUGCUCCUGCACCAAGGGCUACACGGGGAGCCACUGUGGACAACCUGUGUGUGAGAAUGGCUGCCAGAACGGUGGGCGCUGCAUUGGGCCCAACAGAUGUGCCUGCGUCUACGGUUUCACUGGCCCGCAGUGCGAGAGAGACUACAGGACUGGGCCGUGUUUCACCCAGGUGAACAACCAGAUGUGCCAAGGCCAGCUCAGUGGAAUCGUCUGCACCAAAACCCUCUGCUGCGCCACCAUUGGUCGAGCGUGGGGCCACCCCUGUGAGCAGUGCCCCGCCCAGCCACACCCCUGCAGGCGAGGCUUCAUCCCCAACAUCCGAACCGGAGCCUGCCAAGAUGUGGACGAGUGCCAGGCAGUGCCAGGCCUUUGCUCCGGAGGUAACUGCAUCAACACUGUGGGAUCCUAUGAGUGUAAAUGUCCCGCUGGCCACCGUCAGAGUGAAACCACCCACAAAUGUGAAGACAUCGAUGAAUGCAGCACCAUCCCCGGUGUGUGUGACGGAGGAGAAUGCACAAACACUGCUGGUAGCUACGUCUGCACCUGUCCACGAGGCUACGUCUCCAGCACAGAUGGCUCCAGAUGUGUGGAUCAGCGUGUGGGCACCUGUUUCUCCGCCCUGGCAAACGGCCGCUGUGCUGCGGAGCAGAGCGGUCAGUACACCAAGAUGCAGUGUUGCUGUGACUCAGGACGCUGCUGGGCUUUGGGACAGAUCCCUGAGAUGUGCCCUGUCAGGGGGUCUGACGAGUUCAGGCGUCUGUGUAUCGUGGGUGUCCCGCAAGGACUCCCUCAUGUCUACCCCAACGGACACUUCCCUGGCAGCAACGGCAACGGGUUCCACUAUGGGUUCAAGUUUCCCAGCGUACCUAACGGUAAUGGUAACGGAGGCAUUGGUGGAAAUGGUGGCGCAGGAGGCUUUGGAGGGAAUGGCGGGAGCUUUGGAGGUAAUGGAGGAAGCUUUGGGGGCAAUGGAGGAGGACUUCCGAACCACCAACAAAUAGGCACAGUUUCUGUCAACGACACCAUCGACGUGUGCAAACAUUUCACCAACCUCUGUCUGAAUGGACGCUGCAUUCCCACACCGACGAGCUACCGCUGCGAGUGCAACAUGGGCUACAGACAGGAUGUUCGUGGGGAGUGUAUCGAUGUGGAUGAGUGUGUGAGUAAUCCGUGUAUCAAUGGAGACUGUGUCAACAUACCUGGUGGGUACCACUGCAAGUGCCAUGAGGGCUACCAGGGAACCCCGACCAAACAGGCCUGCAAUGAUAUUGAUGAAUGUAUUGUGAAUGGAGUGAUGUGUCGCAACGGACGCUGUGUCAACACAGAGGGAAGCUUCCAGUGUAUCUGCAACGCUGGCUUCGAGCUCACUCCUGAUGGAAAGAACUGCAUCGAUCACGACGAGUGCGCCACCACCAACAUGUGUCUCAACGGCAUGUGUAUCAACGAGGACGGCAGCUUCAAGUGUAUCUGCAAGCCUGGCUUUGCUUUAGCACCUAACGGACGCUACUGCACUGACAUCGAUGAGUGUCAGACUCCUGGCAUUUGUAUGAACGGCCGCUGCAUCAACUCUGAGGGCUCCUUCCGCUGUGAGUGCCCUCCAGGCCUGGCUAUUGAUGUAGAUGGGAGAGUGUGUGUGGACACUCACAUGAGGACCACCUGCUACGGCGCCAUAAAGAUGGGCACAUGCUCACGACCGUUCCCUGGUGCAGUGACCAAGUCUGAGUGUUGCUGUGCCAAUCCUGAACAUGGCUUUGGAGAGCCUUGUCACCCCUGCCCCUCCAGGAACUCAGCUGAGUUCCAGGCUGUGUGCAGCAGUGGGAUUGGCAUCACAGCUGAUGGCAGAGACAUCAAUGAGUGUGCCCUGGACCCAGACAUCUGUCACAACGGCAUCUGUGAGAACUUGAGAGGAAGUUACCGCUGCAUCUGUAACAUCGGUUACGAGUCUGACACCAGUGGCAAAAACUGUGUUGACAUCAAUGAGUGUCUGGUGAACCGUCUGCUCUGUGACAACGGCCUGUGCAGAAACACUCCCGGCUCUUACACCUGCUCCUGUCCUAAAGGAUAUGUCUUCAGACCUGACUCAGAGACCUGCGAAGAUAUCGAUGAAUGUGAGUCCAGCCCGUGCAUCAAUGGAGUGUGUCGCAACGUGGCCGGGUCCUUCAACUGCGAGUGCACCCACGGCAGCAAGCUGGACUCCACCAACACCAUCUGCGUGGACAGUAUGAAGAGUACGUGCUGGCUGACAAUACAAGAAAACCGCUGCGAGGUCAACAUCAACGGAGCCACACUGAAGUCUGAGUGCUGCUCCACACUGGGAGCCGCCUGGGGCAGCCCCUGUGAACCCUGCGAGAUCGACACCGCCUGCUCUCGAGGGUUUGCUCGCAUGAAGGGCGUCAUCUGUGAAGACAUUAAUGAGUGCGAGGUGUUCCCGGGAGUGUGCACAAAUGGCCGCUGUGUGAACACCCAGGGCUCGUUCCGGUGCGAGUGUGCCGAGGGUCUCACCUUGGACAGCACUGGACGCACGUGUGUGGAUACACGUAGUGAGCAGUGCUACAUGAAGUGGCACGAGGAUGAGUGUGGCGAGCCGCUGCCAGGGAGAUACCGUGUGGACAUGUGCUGUUGUUCAGUGGGUGCUGCCUGGGGUGUUGACUGUGAGGAGUGUCCCAAACCAACCUCACCUGAGUAUAGAGCCAUCUGUCCCAGAGGGCCCGGCUUUGCCAACAGGGGAGAAAUUCUGACCGGCAGGCCGUUCUACAAAGAUGUAAACGAGUGUAAGGUGUUCCAGGGCCUGUGCACUCAUGGAACAUGCCGGAACACCAUCGGCAGUUUCAAGUGUCGCUGCAACAGCGGCUUUGCUCUGAACGCAGAGGAGAGGAACUGCACAGACAUUGACGAGUGCCGCAUCUCCCCUGACCUGUGUGGUCAUGGUGCAUGUGUCAACACACCUGGCAGUUUCGAGUGUGAAUGUUUCGAGGGCUACGAGAGCGGCUUCAUGAUGAUGAAGAACUGCAUGGACAUCGAUGAGUGUGAGAGAAACCCCCUUUUGUGUCGCGGAGGAACCUGCCUGAACACAGAAGGGAGUUAUGAGUGUGAAUGUCCCACUGGACACUCGCUCAGCAACGAUGGAUCUGCCUGUGAAGAUGUGAAUGAGUGCCAGCUGAGUGACAACUUGUGCAAGAAUGGCCAGUGUGUCAACAUGCCGGGAACCUACCAGUGCUCCUGUGACACCGGUUACCAGGCCACACCAGACCGACAGGGCUGCGUUGAUAUCGAUGAAUGCACCAUUAUGAACGGAGGCUGUGAAACACACUGCACCAACUCAGAGGGAAGCUAUGAGUGUAGCUGUAGUGAGGGCUACGCUCUGAUGCCUGACCUCAGGACCUGCGCAGAUAUCGAUGAGUGUGAGGAGACUCCAGACAUCUGUGACGGAGGCCAGUGCACCAACAUUCCCGGGGAAUACCGCUGUCUGUGUUACGACGGCUUCAUGGCCUCUAUGGACAUGAGGACGUGUAUCGAUGUGAACGAGUGUGACUUAAACCCAAACAUCUGUCUCCACGGCGACUGUGAGAACACCAAAGGCUCCUUCAUCUGCCACUGUCAGCUGGGAUACUUUGUCAAGAAGGGAUCCACGGGCUGCACAGAUGUUGAUGAGUGUGAGAUCGGGGCUCAUAACUGCGACAUGCACGCUGCCUGCAUCAACGUGCCUGGAAGCUUUAAAUGUCGCUGUCGUGAUGGCUGGGUGGGAGACGGUAUCAAGUGUGUGGAUCAGGACGAGUGCUCUGCAGAAGACCACAACUGCAACCCCAAUGCAGACUGUGUCAACACACCGGGAUCUUACAGGUGCACAUGCAAGGAGGGCUUCAAUGGAGACGGAUUCUCCUGCUCCGACAUGGAUGAGUGUGCAGACAACGUGAACCUGUGCGAGAACGGCCAGUGUCUGAAUGCUCCAGGUGGCUACCGCUGCGAGUGCGAGAUGGGCUUCACUCCUACGGAAGACAGCAAGGCCUGUCAAGACAUUGAUGAAUGUAAUUUCCAGAACAUCUGCGUGUUUGGAACGUGCCAGAACCUUCCAGGGAUGUUCCGCUGCGUGUGUGAUGAUGGUUACGAACUGGACCGCAGCGGCGGAAACUGCACCGACAUCAACGAGUGUGCGGACCCUGUGAACUGCAUCAACGGGCUGUGUGUGAACACUCCAGGGAGCUACCUGUGUAACUGCCCAGCUGACUUUGAGCUCAACCCCACCGGAGUGGGCUGCGUGGAUACCCGUGUUGGCAACUGCUUCCUGGAAAUCCUCGCACGUGGUGAUGGAGGAAUCUCCUGCAGCGCGGAGAUCGGCGUGGGCGUGACCCGAGCUUCCUGUUGCUGCUCCCUGGGAGGAGCCUGGGGAAACCCCUGUGAACUGUGCCCCGCCGCCAACUCUACGGAGUAUAAGACUCUUUGUCCCGGAGGAGAGGGAUUCAGACCCAACCCCAUCACUGUUAUCCUGGAAGAUAUUGACGAGUGCCAGGAGCUGCCAGGUCUCUGCCAGGGAGGAAACUGUGUUAACACCUUUGGUAGUUUCCAGUGUGAGUGUCCAGCAGGCUACUAUCUCAAUGAGGAGACUCGCAUCUGUGAAGAUAUUGACGAGUGCACAACCCACAUUGGCAUCUGUGGACCUGGUACCUGCUACAACACUCUGGGAAACUACACCUGUGUGUGUCCUCCUGAGUACAUGCAAGUCAACGGAGGAAACAACUGCAUGGACAUGAGGAAGAGCGUGUGUUACCGUAACUUCAACGACACAUGUGAGAACGAGCUGUCCUUCAACAUGACUAAGAAGAUGUGCUGCUGUGCCUACAACGUGGGAAAAGCCUGGAACAAGCCGUGUGAAGCCUGUCCAACUCCUGCAACCACUGAGUACCAGAUACUGUGUGGUAACCAGGCUCCUGGCUUCAUCAUUGACAUCCACACCGGCAAGCCAAUCGAUAUUGAUGAGUGCAGGGAGAUCCCUGGUAUCUGUGCCAACGGAGUGUGUAUCAACCAGAUCGGGAGCUUCCGCUGUGAAUGUCCGAUGGGCUUCAGCUACAACAACAUACUGCUCAUUUGUGAAGAUAUUGAUGAGUGUAACAGCGGGGACAACCUGUGCCAACGCAAUGCCAACUGUAUCAACAUUCCAGGCAGCUACCGCUGCGAGUGCUCACCAGGCUUCAAACUGUCCCCCAGCGGGGCCUGUGUGGACCGUAAUGAGUGCCAGGAGAUCCCUAAUGUCUGCAGCCAUGGAGAGUGCAUCGACACGCAGGGAAGCUAUCGCUGUCUCUGCCACAACGGCUUCAAGGCCACUGCUGACCAGACCAUGUGCAUGGACAUCGACGAGUGUGACAGACAGCCGUGUGGUAACGGGACCUGUAAAAACACGGUGGGAUCCUACAACUGCCUCUGCUUCCCCGGCUUCGAGCUCACACACAACAACGACUGCAUGGACAUAGACGAGUGCAGCGCCCUCCAAGGCCAGGUGUGCAGGAACGGACAGUGUAUCAAUGGACUCGGUUCCUUCCAGUGUCUCUGCCAUGAGGGUUAUGAGAAUACCCAAGAUGGGAAAAACUGUGUCGAUAUCAAUGAGUGUGUGAGUCUGCCCGGCACGUGCUCUCCAGGAACUUGUCAGAAUCUGGAUGGAUCUUUCAGAUGUAUCUGCCCUCCUGGCUAUGAGGUGCAGAAUGAUCAGUGUAUAGAUAUCAACGAGUGUGAGGUGGAGCCCAACAUCUGUCAGUUUGGCACCUGCACCAACACCCCUGGCAGCUUCCAGUGCACCUGCCAGUCAGGCUUCGUACUCUCUGACAACAAACGCCGCUGCUACGACACCAGAGAAAGCUUCUGUUUCACCAAAUUCGAAGCAGGAAAAUGUUCCGUCCCCAAGGCUUUAAACACCACCAAGGCCAAGUGCUGCUGCAGCAAGAUGCCAGGAGAGGGCUGGGGACUUCCCUGUGAGCUGUGCCCACGAGAGAGCGAGGCUGCUUUUGACACUCUGUGUCCCUUCGGUCAUGGAGCCCUGCCUGGAAAGGGUGAUGCUCGUGAAGAUAUGAAUGAGUGUCUGGAUAACCCAGGAAUCUGCCAGAACGGUAUCUGCAUUAACACAGAUGGUUCGUUCCGUUGUGAAUGUCCUUUCGGAUACAAUCUGGAUUACACCGGAGUCAAAUGCAUUGACGCUGAUGAGUGCUCUAUAGGAAACCCAUGUGGAAAUGGAACCUGCACCAAUGUGGUGGGAGGUUUCGAGUGUUCGUGCCAAGAGGGCUUUGAACCCGGACCCAUGAUGACCUGCGAAGACAUCAACGAGUGCUCCCAGAAUCCUCUGCUGUGUGCCUUCCGCUGUGUGAACACCUUUGGCUCGUAUGAGUGUAUGUGUCCUGCUGGCUACGUGCUGCGAGAUGACCAGCGCAUGUGCAGAGACCAAGACGAGUGCUCCGAGGGUCUUGAUGACUGUGACUCCAAGGGUAUGACCUGUAAGAAUCUGAUCGGUACCUUCAUGUGUAUCUGCCCACCUGGCAUGCAGCGCAGACCCGAUGGAGAGGGAUGCAUGGACCUGAACGAGUGUCGCGCCAAGCCUGGCAUCUGUAAGAACGGACGCUGCGUAAACACAGUGGGAAGCUAUCGCUGCGAGUGCAACGACGGCUUUGAGCCCAGCUCCACGGGAACUGAAUGUAUUGACAACCGAAAGGGCUACUGUUACACAGAGGUUCUGCAGACAAUGUGCCAGCAGACAUCCACCAACAGGAAUAGUGUGACUAAGUCUGAGUGCUGCUGCAACACAGGCCGAGGCUGGGGGUCACAGUGUGAGCUCUGCCCACUGCCUGGCACUGUACAAUACAAGAAGAUGUGCCCACUUGGACCUGGCUACACCACAGACGGUAGAGACAUCAACGAGUGCCAGGUGAUGCCAGAUUUGUGCCGGAAUGGUCAGUGCAUCAACACCAUCGGAUCCUUCCGCUGUCACUGUAAUGUGGGCUACAAAACCGACUACACUGCAACCUCCUGCAUCGAUAUGGAUGAGUGCGCUCUGUCUCCAAAGCCCUGCAACUUCCUGUGCAAGAACACAGAGGGCAGCUACCUCUGUUCCUGCCCCAGAGGAUACAGCCUACAGCCAGAUGGAAAGACUUGCAAAGAUCUGGAUGAAUGUUCAACCAAGCAGCAUAACUGCCAGUUCCUCUGCGUCAACACCAUCGGAGGUUUCACCUGCAAGUGUCCUCCGGGCUUCACACAGCACCAGACUGCAUGCAUCGACAACAACGAGUGCUCCGCUCAGAGCAGUGCGUGUGGUUCCCGGGCCUCUUGUGUUAACACGCCUGGUAGCUUCAACUGUGAAUGCUCUAAAGGUUUCUCUUUGGACAGCACGGGCAUUGAGUGUGAAGAUGUGGAUGAGUGUAGCAGUAACCACCGCUGUCAACACGGCUGUCAGAACAUGUUGGGAGGUUUCCGCUGUGGCUGUCCUCAGGGCUAUGUGCAGCACUACCAGUGGAACCAGUGUGUGGAUGAAAACGAAUGUCAGGCAGGAUCAGUGUGUGGCUCUGCCUCCUGCUAUAACACCCUGGGCAGCUUCAAGUGUGUGUGUCCCUCCGGCUUUGACUUUGAGCAGGGCGCCGGUGGCUGCCAAGAUGUGAAUGAAUGUAGCACGGGCAGCAACCCCUGCAUCUACGGCUGCUCCAACACCGAUGGAGGCUACCUGUGUGGCUGUCCGGGAGGUUUCUACAGAGCUGGACAGGGUCAUUGUAUGACAGGCUCGGGUUUCCCAGGCCAGUUUUUGGAGGGUGAUGACGAAGACAGUCUGUCUCCUGAGGCCUGCUAAGAGUGUAAGAUCAACGGAGGAGGAAAGAAGGCGCGACACAAACGCAAUGCUGAUGAAAAUGACAUCCACCAGGAGCCAGCAGUGAGUAUGGCCAGCAUAGACACCCAGAGCUCCAUCCCCAUGAACAUUUCUCGGUCCUCGCUGCUCAACAAGGAGCCUCUGCUGGAACUUCUGCCCGCCCUGCAGCCGCUAGAGCAUCACGUGCG